AGAGAGAGAGAGAAAAAAGAGUGAGUUGGCGUGUGCGUCGUCCCCCAGAGGUUCGCCGCAGCGCGCGCGAGAUUUAGCCGCGGAGCGUCGGCGCGCCCUCCGUCCGUCGCGAUCCGUCCGGGCGGCCCAACAGCAGCGAAGUGCCGCGAGUGCGGGCCAGUGACCUUGGCGCGGCGGCGGGCCAGCCCGCGCUCCACUGACGCCCGCCCAGAUGACAAUGCUCCAGUCGCAGAAGCUGUACGGCGAGGGACCCAUGAGCAGCGCUGCCAUGUCCAACGUUGGCAGCAUGGCGCCCACGUACAGCUCGAUAAACUCCAUGGGCUGCGUCUCGAUGGGCAUGUCGAUGAACUGCAGCCCUCAGAGUCCUGGCGCCUUCAAUAUGAGCUCCGCAAUUGGGAUGGCACCGCUCGGCGGCGGUGGGAUGCCGGGUUACGGAGGUGCCGUAGCCGGCAUGGGGAACGCAGCCUCGUGCAUGAGCGGAUUGCCGAGCUACGGACCCUUGGCCGCGGGCCCCAACGCCGGCGUCCAGCGCGACGGCCUCGGCCUCGGCGAGCCCGACUCGCCCAACUCGGCCCUUCAGCGCGUGCGUCAGGACAAGUCCUACCGGCGCAGCUACACCCACGCCAAGCCCUCCUAUUCCUACAUAAGUCUUAUCACCAUGGCCAUACAGAACUCGCCGGCCAAGAUGCUCACCCUCUCGGAGAUCUACCAGUUCAUAAUGGACCUCUUCCCGUUUUACCGGCAGAACCAGCAACGCUGGCAGAACUCCAUACGUCACUCGCUCAGCUUCAACGACUGCUUCGUCAAGGUGGCGCGCACCCCUGACAAACCCGGUAAGGGCUCCUUCUGGACCCUCCAUCCCGACUGUGGCAAUAUGUUCGAGAACGGCUGUUAUCUGCGCCGUCAGAAGCGCUUCAAGGACGAGAAGAAGGAGCUUAAUAGACAGAGCAGCAAGCACCAGCAGCAUCAUUCGCAAGGACCGCCCCCAGGACACGCGAGCCCCGAGCACGUCGGUCUCAAGAAGCAACAGCAGCAGCAGCAACAGCAGCAGCAGCAGCAACAACAACAACAACAACAACAACAACAACAACAUCCUCACCAUCAUCCCCAGCAGCAACAGCAGCAACACCACGUAGGCCAGCAGCAACAGCAGCAGCCCGACGAGAAGGAACUCCACGGGCUGGUCGCAUCGCACCAGCAGCACGCUCAUCAGCAACACGCGCAGCAGCAUCAACAGCAUCAGCAGCAGCAACAGCACCCGGACAUCGGUGGCCUCCUCGGACCGGAGCUCGGCCCCGCCCACGACGAGCUUGCCGCCAUGGUUGGGCGCAGCUUGCAUCCACAUCUCCUGGCAGACCCGGCCGCCCUCCAACAUGGCAUGGCCGGCAGCCUAAAGCAGGAGCCCUCGUACGCCCCGGCCAGCCACCCCUUCAGCAUCACGAGGCUCCUACCAGGCGCGACGGCCGCCGCGUCGAGCGGCGCCUCCGACACCAAACCACCCGAGCUCAAGAUGUACGAGCUUCAUCAAGGCUACGGGGGAUACGGAGCCGCGCACCACGGGCCUGGACAGCACCACGGCCAGCACAACGGUAUGCACGGGCAGCCCAGUGGCCACCAGAUGGCCGGCCAUCACCAGGACUAUUACCAGAGCCCGCUGUAUCAUCACGCGGGUGUGGCGAGCGGUGGACCGCCAGGGGCCACAGUAACCGGGGCGCCGGGUUUGUGACAUCACGCGGCCCACCCGUACGCCUUGGCCUGAGUGGCUGCGGCGGCGGCGCUCGUCCAGCGCUGCUGGCCCCCCGGGCCCCUCGACGACGAGCUCGAGGACUUGGAGGAGGAGGAGGACGAGGGCCCGCUCUUUUGCGAGCGCAAGCCCGCUUAUUGUGAUAGCCCGAGGAAGGACUGGCGGCCAGCGGAGGCCCGCGACGCCUGUGACGAGUGACUAGUGACUCAAAUCUCGGCCCUUUUGUAUUAUACAUGUAGAUAGUGGCACGUCGUAACGCGUAUCAUGCACAUCGGCACUAUGUGUUUACAGAGGUCACGGGUUUGUACCUCAACGGAGGCUGUCGGGCUUGGAGGGAA